ACUCCCCAGGAAACACAACGCCGGUAAUGCGGCGCGGAGAAGACCAGGAUAUCGAAGACAGCGAUGACUCCGAAGAUGAAAUUCCCCACAAACGUCCAUCGACGAAAACGAUUUCCAGAAGCCAUGAACUCAACCCUAUCGCAUACCCUGAAGAGCCAUAUUACCUCAAAGAAUUGAACAGAGUCAAAGAGAACACCGAAGAAGCUUUGGGACAGCAACGUGGGAAUCUACGGAACAUUCGGGAAUACCAACGGGAGGCAUGUGCCCAACUUCGACGCUCGAGGAAGAAUAAAGCUAAGCAAACAGAGAUUGAUAGAGUAAAAGGUUCGAUUAGAAGACUAGAAGAGCGGGUUAAGACGGCGAGGAAUGCAAUUAAAAAGUUCACGGGGCAGGGGAAAUUGAACGACGCGAAGCUGAAGUGGGUGGGCGUAGAAUGA